AUGGCAUGGUAUUGGCCCAUACCCGGGGAAUAUCAUUGCUCGUUUAUAGAAUUAUAGACUAUGCGAGUGUCUGUGUCACUCAAAAUCUGAGAAGAAAAGGUCAGCAGUGGAUGUUGUUGUAGUUUCAUUAGUUGGAGAGAGAAAUGGCUGCAAUAACAACAUCAUUAUCUCCAUCAUCACCUCCAUCAUUCUCUUCCUUUCCCGCCAAAUUCAAACACAAAAUCAACCCCAACAAAACUCCCUCAUUUCGCAAUUCAAAUAAAACCCACAAUCCACCACUUCACCAACAACCAAACUCUCCGAUUUCCCCCCAAAAAAACCGGCGUAAUUCCAUCACAAAACGAGAAGAUACAGCAUAUCCUUGGUCUUACCCACUUCAUAAGAAAAACCCACAUUCAAUUUACAAUGACAUUCAGAAAUUCGCAAGAAAAAACAAGCUUAAAGAAGCUCUCACCAUUUUAGACUAUUUAGAACAACAGGGUAUCCCUGUAAAUGCUUCAACUUUCUCUGCUUUGAUUGGUGCUUGUAUCCGGUCCAAGUCCGAAACCGUUGCGAAACAAAUUCAUGCCCAUAUUAGGAUUAAUGGGCUUGAAAACAAUGAAUUUCUUAAAACUAAGAUUGUUCAAAUGUAUGUUUCUUGUGGGUCAGUGGAUGAUGCAAAAAUGGUACUUAGCAAUGAUGAUGAUGAUGAUGAUGAAAAAUCUAGAAAUGUUUAUUCUUGGAAUGCAUUACUUAGAGGUCAUGUGGUUGCUGGUGGUAGAAAAUAUAAGGAUUUGUUGUAUACUUACUCAAGGAUGAGAGAGAAUGGAGUUGAGUUUAAUGUGUAUAGUUUUUCUUGUAUGAUCAAGAGUUUUGGCGGAUCGGCGGCUUUUAAGCAGGGAUUAAAGAUGCAUUGUUUGUUGAUUAAGAAUGGAUUUAUAGGGAGUGAGAUUCUUAAGACAAGUCUAAUUGAUAUGUACUUUAAAUGUGGUAGAGUUAAGCUUGCACGUCUUGUGUUUGAUGAAAUGUCUGAGAGAGAUGUUGUUCUAUGGGGAGCAAUGAUUGCAGGGUUUUCGCAUAAUAAGUCUCCAAGAGAGGCGAUAAGAUAUACGAGGUGGAUGAUAAAGGAAGGUGUUGUACCGAAUUCGGUGGUGCUAACUACAAUUCUUCCUAUGAUUGGGGAAGUUGGGGCACGGAAGAUGGGUAAGGAGGUUCAUGCCUAUGUGUUUAAGACAAGAAAUUAUAUGGAGGAACCGUUUAUAAAAUCGGCUUUGAUAGAUAUGUAUUGUAAGUGUGGGGAUAUGACUUCUGGGAGGAAGGUAUUUUAUCUUUCUAGGGAUAGAACUACUGUUUCAUGGACUGCUUUGAUGUCUGGUUAUAUCGCAAAUGGUAGACUUGAUCAGGCUUUGAGGUCGAUAAUCUGGAUGCAGCAAGAAGGGUUUAGGCCUGAUGUUGUUUCAUUGGCGACGAUUCUUCCAGUUUGUGCUAAGUUGAAGGCUUUAAGGCAAGGAAAGGAGAUACAUGGGUUUUUGGUGAAAAAUGGGUUUCUGCCUAAUGUAUCAUUGCUAACAUCAUUGAUUGUAAUGUACUCGAAAUGUGGUGUCUUGAAGAUCAGUCGUACAUUAUUCAAUGGCAUGGAGGCAAGAAAUGUGAUUGCUUGGACGGCGUUUAUGAAUUCAUGUAUUGAAAAUGAGCAUCCAGAUGAAGCCCUUGAGGUGUUCAGAUCAAUGCAGCUGUCAAGGCACAGGGCAGAUUCAGUUACAAUAUCCAGGGUAUUAGAUAUUUGCAACGAUCUCAAACUGUUGAAACUUGGGAAAGAGGUCCAUGGACAAAUGUUGAAGAAGGAAAUUGAGCGGGUUCCUUUUGUUUUAGCACGACUUGUGAAAUUAUAUGGAAUAUGUGGAAUGAUUGAGAAAGCAAAGUUAGUGUUUUAUCUCUAUCCAUCUGAAGGUUCAGUGACAGCAACUGCCAUGAUGAUGGCUUAUGGAUAUAACAACUGUUUUACAGAAGCGCUUGCUCUUUUUUACAAUUUGCUGAGUGAUGAUAUGCCUCUCAAUGUAAGCACCUUUGAUGUUAUUUUGACAAUCUGUGAUCAAGCUGGAUUUGCAGACGAGGCUUGUAAAAUCUUCCAACUCAUGACUCAAAGAUAUAAAAUCGUGGCGUCUAAGGUGCAUUAUUCUCUUAUGGCCGGACUUCUUACUCGUACAGGUCGAACUCAGGAGGCUGAAAGAUAUAUCCUAUGGGGUUCUAGGUUGAAGACUUAACAUUAAGUUUAAUGUCCUCUCCUUGAGACUUUCUAUUAAACUAACAGCACUGUCAAGUAUGAUUAAGGUAAAAGAUAUUCUUUGUAUAGUAUGAUUCGUUGAAAAUGAAUAACUACCAAGAUUUGGUCUGUAAAAUUUUCAUGUUUUUCUCUUGCAAUCUUGCUUGUCUUAUUUCACUCUGUUAGCCUCUGGUCUCCCCUACUAAUAUAAAAGUACAUACAGUAUGGGGUUGAAAAAAGAAAUCUUAUGUUCAGAGUUCAGACACA